AUGAAUCUCGUAAACAGUGUGCUAUAUGUGAAUCGCCGACGGCCAGGUCAAUCCAUUUCGGAGCUCGGUCAUGCAAAGGCAUGUGCUGCAUUCUUUCGUAGAACGAUAGCGCUAGGAGUAACUUUUGAAUGCAAGGAAAGUGUACCUUGCACAAUCCAUUACGAGAAGCGAAUGUCCUGCAAGAAGUGCCGUUUCGACAAAUGCAUUGCGUUCAACAUGAAGCCAGAAUUGGUGCGAUCAACUCGUGGUGCAAAAGCUGUGUCGAUAACGUCGGAUGAUGACCACAUGGUCCCGGAGCAUACAGAAUUCCCUUUCCCAUCGCAAAGCGUCGAUGCUACAAGGCCCCCAGAAUUCAAACAAUCUUCACGGAACAAUGAGGUGUCGCGGAUACCU